AUGUCCGCUAACUGCUCCCGCCUCGCGCGGCUACUCUCCCGCUCCGCAUUCGCGAUUCCUCGAAGCGCGCCCUACAGUAGCCAUGGCUCGGUCAGCCAUAUUAACGCGUCUCGGUCCCUGUCGACUAUUUUCAACCACUCCAAAUGUACCACUCGGGCAGCACCCCAUUUCGCGGAAUCUUCGCGCCUGCGAGCGUGGAACCCCCUGGUGGGGCGUGUCCUCGGGCCGCUAAGCGCGCGGAGCCUCGCCUCCGCGAAUCCGCGCAGGGGGUCGUCGGGCGUGGCGGUAGCGCGCGCCAGCUCCGCUGAAGAGAAUGCAGCGCGGGAGCAAGCGGAGAAUGAGGCGGGGGUUGCGGAGAAGAGGGUGCGGCUCGGGUUUAUAGGGGCGGGGCAGAUGGCGGAGGCGCUGGCGCGGGGGCUGAGCGCGGCAGGCGUGGUGGACAUUGCUGACAUGGCAGCUGCUGACGUCAACAGUGACAGGCUGGCGGUGUUUCAAGGCAUAGGCAUCGACACCAAGGAGAACGCCAGGGAGGUGGCGGCCAGCAGUGACGUCAUCUUCAUUGCAGUCAAGCCGUUCGCCGUGCAGCCGGUACUCGCUGACCUGGCGGCCUUGGGCGCGCUGACGGAGCGCCACCUCAUCGUGUCGAUCGCUGCGGGCGUGCCACUUGGCAAGAUGCAGCAGUGGGCGGGGGAGGGCGUGCGGAUAGUGCGAGUCAUGCCCAACACGCCCUGCCUUGUCGGUGCCACUGCUGCUGCUAUGAGUCUGGGAGAGAGCGCAACAGAGGAAGAUGGGGCGUUGGUGAGGGCCAUGUUUGGUGCCGUGGGGGAGGUGUAUGAGGUGGAGGAGCGCCUGCUCGAUGCCGUUACUGGGCUCAGUGGCAGCGGGCCAGCAUACGUGUUUGUGGCGAUAGAGGCUCUGGCAGAUGGUGGGACAGCUGCAGGCCUUCCUCGGAAGGUGGCUCUCUCACUCGCUGCUCAGACGGUGUAUGGAGCGGCCAAGAUGGUGAUCGACACACAGAAGCACCCAGCCCAACUUAAAGACUCCGUCGCAUCGCCAGCAGGCACCACCAUUGCCGGCCUGCAUGAGCUUGAGAGGGGCGGGUUCCGAUCGCUGCUUAUGAAUGCCGUGGUUGCAGCUGCCAACCGCAGCAAGGAGCUGUCCAAUUGA